GUGUAAGGACAACACUUCUCUGUGUGUGGUGGACUGUCCCAUCCACCCUGUCACCACCCUGUCACCACCCUGUCACCACCCAGUCACCACCCUGUCACUGUCACCAUCCAGACAUCACCCAGUCACCACCCUGUCACCACCCAGUCACCACCCUGUCACUGUCACCAUCCAGACACCACCCUGUCACCACCCUACACCACCCAGUCACCACCCUGUCGCCACCCUGUCACUGUCACCAUCCAGACACCACCCCUGUCACCACCCUGUCACUGUCGCCACCCUGUCACUGUCACCAUCCAGACACCAUCCUGUCACCAGCCUGUCACUGUCACCACCCAGUCACCACCCAUACACCACCCAGGCACCACCCUGUCACCACUUAGUCACCAUCAUUACCCUGUCAACACCCAGUUACCCUCAUCACCCUUGUCACCACCUGGACACCACCCUACACCACCCAGUCACCCCCUUUCACCACCCAGUCACCCCCUUUCACCACCCCUACACCACCCUGUCAGCACCCUGUCAGCACCCUGUCACCACCCAGCACCACCCUACACCACCCAGUCAUCCCCUUUCACCACUCAGUCACCCAGUCACCACCCAUGCACCACCCUGUCACUACCCAGUCACCACCCUGUCACCACCCAGUCACCACCCUGUCACUGUCACCAUCCAGACACCACCCUGUCACCCACAUCACCCUGUCACCACCCGGUUACCACCCUACACCACCCAGUCACCCUCUUUCACGACCCAGUCACCCAGAGAACCAGAGCACUAA